UAUAUGAGCUCUGAGAGCGUGAGUCUGUAGGUUAAUGAAGAGCAUCAUGUGUUCAGUGAGCGUGUGCUGCUGCGCUGCUCUGCUGCUGCUGCUGCUGCUGCUGCUCAGAUGCAUGCUGGGAAGGCGCUCGGUGCCGUGUCUGCCGCGGGUGCCGGUGUUGGGCAGUCUGCUGCACCUGCGCUCGUCUCUGCCUCCUCACCUGCUCCUCACACAGCUGUCACACAGGUACGGCCCUCUGUUUGGCCUGUACUCCGGACCGCACUUCACACUGGUGGUCAGCGAGAUCGGUCUGGUCAGAGAAGUGCUGCUGCAGCGCGGCCGAGAGUUCGCCGGACGGCCCAAGAUGGUGACCACAGAUGUGUUGACUCAGGGUGGGAAGGAUAUCGCAUUUGCAGACUACAGUCCGCUGUGGAAGAGCCAUCGGCGUCUGGUGCACAACUCCUUCACGUUGUUUGGUGAGGGAUCCGGCAAACUACAUACCAUCGUUCAGGAGGCUGCAGACGAUCUGUGCGAGGAGCUCCAGUCCUGCAGGGGUCAGAGUUCAGAUCUCAGCCCGGUUCUGAUGCGGGCAGUCACUAACGUCAUCUGCAGGCUGGUGUUCAGCUCCUCGUACCAGCGCAAUGACCCCGAGCUCCUGACCGUCAUGGACUACAAUGACGGCAUCGUCCAGACCAUCGCCAGAGGAGGACUCAUCGACAUCUUUCCUUGGCUGAGAAUUUUCCCCAACAAGGACCUAAAGAAGCUGAAGCAGUGCGUUUCAGUGAGAGACCAACUCCUGCACAGAAAACUGCUGGAGCACAAGAUGACCCUCAAGCCCGGAGAGCCUCGAGACCUGCUGGACGCUCUUCUGAUUGGUCAGAUGAAGGGGUCAGGAGGGGAGGAUGACAUCACGGAGGAUCAUGUGCUGAUGACGGCGGCGGAGGCGUUCGGAGCCGGUGUGGAGACGACCUCCACCACACUGCUGUGGACCAUAGCCUUCCUCCUGCACCACCCACAGGUGCAGGAGCGUGUUCACUCGGAGCUGGAUGAGUGUGUGGGUCAGGCUCGUGCUCCGUCUCUGAGUGAUCGCUCUCAUCUGCCGCUCCUGGACGCUGUUCUCUGUGAGGUGAUGCGGAUCCGUCCCGUCAGCCCCGUCCUCAUCCCACACGUUGCUAUGCAGGACACCAGUUUGGGGGGUCACUCUGUUCCUAAAGGAACCCGUGUGCUGGUGAACAUGUGGGCGAUUCACCACGACCCCAAACACUGGGACGAGCCUGAACAAUUCAGCCCCGAGCGGUUCCUGGACUCGUCGGGGAGGAGAGUGACUCCGAGCAGCUUCCUGCCGUUCGGAGCCGGUCCGCGGGUCUGUGUGGGAGAAUCUCUGGCCAGAAUCGAGCUAUUUCUGUUCGCCAGCCGCCUCCUGCAGCGCUUCCACUUCAGCGUCCCGCCGAGGGCUUCUCUGCCCGAGCUGCAGGGAAGAUUCGGUGUGGUGCUCCAGCCUCAGAGCUACAGCGUCACAGUCACACCGCGACACUGACACACACUUACACACAC